CAAUCGGGUCCUCCCAGUACUGCCAGAGCUGCCUCUGUGCUGGGAUGUGUUAGGCUGGGAUCUGCUCCCCCAGUGUUCCUGUGCAGGGUUGGGUCCAUUCUCCUGGGACAGUGGCAUUGCUUCUCUUCCUGCCCGCGGAUCAGCCCCAUAGGCGAGGGGCCACAGUGCUGGUGGGAUUGCACCGUGGCCUGGGCCCCUCUCCUCCUCGAGGUGCUCGCCCACAGCUCAGGUUCCCUGGUCCAGGCAGCGCUGACUCAGCCAUCCUCGGUGUCAGCGAACCUGGGAGAAAAUGUCCAAAUCACCUGCUCCGGGGGUAGCGGCAGCUAUGGCUGGUACCAGCAGAAGGUUCCUGGCACUGCCCCUGUCACUGUGAUCUACGACAACAGCAAGAGACCCUCGGACAUCCCUUCGCGAUUCUCCGGAUCCAAGUCUGGCUCCAAGGCCACGUUAACCAUCACUGGGGUCCAAGCCGAGGACGAGGCUGUCUAUUACUGUGGUAGCUACGACGGCAGCAGUGAUGCUGUUGUAGUGACACAAAAAGGUUCCCUGGUCCAGGCAGCGCUGACUCAGCCGUCCUCGGUGUCAGCAAACUUGGGACAAAACAUCCAGAUCACCUGCUCUGGGGGUGACAGCAGCUGGGCUUAUGCUGGCUGGAUCCAGCAGAAGGUUCCUGGCACUGCCCCUGUCACUGUGAUCUACUACAAUGACAAGAGACCCUCGGACAUCCCUUCGCGAUUCUCCGGAUCCAAGUCUGGCUCCACGGGCACGUUAACCAUCACUGGGGUCCAAGCCGAGGACGAGGCUGUCUAUUACUGUGGUAGCUACGACAGCAGCAGUGCUGAUGAGGGUCGAGGUGGCAGAUAGUGGAUGUGGGAUGCUGUUGUUCAGGAAUGGCUAAGUUUUGGGCACUGCAGCUCCCAGGACUACUGCCUGGGGCCAUCAACGUUGGCGAUCCACUGUGGGAGCAACACACUGCUCUGCCAUCUGAACAUGGGACCAUCACCAUCUGCAACUCCUCAGGUGUACCACAGCAUAAACCUGGCUGUGUCUCAGCAGGUGAAGUAGGGUGCGGGAAGCAGCCCUGGCUCAGGACGCAGGAAGGGAGAUG